AUGGUGGAGCCAAAGACAGAACUUCAGAGAAAUGCUCUCGCGCUUGCCCGCAAGCAAGAACUGGAAAUCAACCAGCGAGCCUAUGAUAUGGAAUGGCUCAACAACCGCAUGGAAGACGGUCGUAUGGGUCGACUUCUUGCGCUCAUACAACGAGAGGCCGAUUUGGAAAAGGAUUUUCAAGAGAGAACUGACCAUGCAGCACUAGUAGAGGCUCGUGCUAAAAAAGAAGCAGCGCUCGCUUCAGAGAUAAGUGAAGUAAGGCGUGAAGAACAUUGCAAAUACCAAAGAAGACAUUAUCUGAGGGAAAGAGACCCUGGACUAAGAGAAUUGCAGAAAAAGCUAACUGCUGGGUACACCUGUAGAGAUAUCCAGCAACAGAUCUUACAUAAUCAGUAUAAAAAGUUACAGGAAAAAGCAGAUGAAAAAUGUGCAAAUGAUUUGCUUCGAGCAGCUCUAUUCAGUGACCAGGAACAACUCAAAAUAAAUGAACAAAAAAAGAUGGAGGACAAUUUUAAAUAUCGACAAGAGUUGCAACAGCAAUUGGUGAACAGACAAAGGCAACGUCAGUGUCAAUAUGAGGAAAGCCUGAUUGAGAAGAAAAUGCUUGAUGAUAUUUUAAGAACUAUUGCCUAUGAGGAUAAAAGGGAGUUAGAACAAAAGCGUGUGUUGGUAGAACGAACUUGUAAGGAGAUGUUGACAUUCCAGCAAGCUCGGCAAGCAUGGCGUGACAAGCAAAAACGUCUUGUUAUUGCAGAAGAAAAGGAGAUUGAGAAACAGGCCCAGGAACAGUCUGAUCGCAGUGCUUCUAUAAUAGCAGAGCGGUUACGGAAGUUGCGCGAAAGAGAAGAGUCCAAUGCAAGGAUGGCAGCUAAAAUUCUGGCUGAAGAGGAUAAACGACAAGAACGAAUAGACAUAAUCACACAGCUUCAAGAACAAGAAUUUAUUGAGCAAAAUGUCCAAAAUGACAUUGCCAAGAAGGAAAAACAGGAACAAGUCAAGAAAGAGGUGUUGGAUGCUUUGGAUGCACAACUCCAAUUUAAAAAGGAUGCUGCAGAACAACAGAGACGAUGGGAGAUUGAGUUUAGGAAGGAGACGGAAAGGAAAAUAAAAGAGGAUGAAGAAAAAGAGCGUAUUAAAAAAGAAGAAGCUCAUCGCAAGAAAAUCCAAUACGCUAAAGAACUUCGCGAGCUGGCAGAAAUUGGUGCUCGCAAGAAACAAAUCUUGAAACAAGAAGAGGAAGAACGCGCUAAAGCUGUCUGGGAAUAUAAUAAGGCUUGGGACGCAGAGUUAGAACAAGAACGUAGGAAGAUAAUUCGUGAACACAUCCCGCAUAUACUUGGUUAUCUUCAACCUGGAGUGCUCAAGAAGGAAGACUUGCCCGCGGUGAGAGAGGGCGCUAAUAAACACGAGCAACUUGCCAAACUUGAUAUAGAAAAGAUGGCGGUAACGAGUCGUCCAAAACAGUUUUCCAAAUGCAAUGCGCAGUGUAGAAUCUUGAGAGAGUUUUGAGUUAGUUUUGGUGGUUGAAUUUUGUGAUGUGCUCACAUUAUUACUCACAACAUAGCAUGUUUUUCGUGAAAAUAUACGUAAAAUAUUAAGUGAUGAAAAUGUCGCAGUAAGCUAGCUAUACAACACUUUAUUUUUGUUUUAUUGUAAUUGUACACCGAGUCAAAUGAUGUAUAAAAACCCAAUAUUAAUGUUCAUAAAUUAAAAUGUAGAUGGCACGUACUUUUAAUUUGAAAUAUCGACAUUUGGUAUAAUGACUUCAGACUCGUUGUACUAUUGCUUUUUUGCAACUUAGUAUUGUUGUAACUCAGGUGAAGUUAACUUCAGUAUCAUUAACACUCAUGAAUUUUUGUUAUGUACUGGCUAUAUUGCAAUUUGUUCUGGUAAAAAAAAUACUGAUGUUGCUCAAAAUAAGACUGAUAAGAGUGUACUAGGUAUCUAUUUAGUAAUUCUUUUAUUUACAAAAACCAUGUAGGUUCUCGAAUCAAUUCUUCAAAUUUUGUCGACUUGUGCUGUUUAUUAGGUACAUCAUUCGUUUAUUAUUUUAAAACAUUGAUUGCGAUUGUA